AUGGGUAGUCACGAGCCAGACGAACCCAUGCAUCAUCCUCAGUAUGAUCAGCUCUCAAACAGAGAAGCUACUUUUGAGAAGGGAUGGCCAGAGCCUCUCUUAGGCAAAAUACCAGACAUAGCUCGAACCGGGUUUUUCUACAAAGGUUAUGAGGACAAGACAGUCUGUUUUCAUUGUGGAUUGACUUUAACCAAUUGGGAGCUUGAGGACAAUCCUUAUGCAGAACAUGCCUAUUUUAGGCCUAAUUGUCCUUACAUCAAUCAGUAUAAAGGACGAAGCUGGCUGAUGGGUAUAUUUGUCAGCUUCUUAGAACAACAGGGGUAUAAACCUUUACCUGAGAUCAAACCUUUACUGAACCCAGAACCAGACGUCCAGGCUCGAGGAAAAUGUCACAUUUGUUUAGACGAAGAAUUACAAAUCGCUUUUCUACCUUGUGGACACGUAUGCUGCUCUGCCUUGUGUGCUCCUCCCUUUCAGUUUUGCCCCAUCUGUCGAGGCCAGAUUCAACAACCCAAACGCAUAUUUCUGUGUUAA